GGAGCGUGUUGUUAUUCGUCGCUUCUCCUUGGUCCAUGGUUUGCUCCUUGGUGGCGCCAACAGCGGACACCUAAACAGGUGUUGGAGCGCGGGAAAGACCACACGCUCUCCCCGGAGCCGCGGGACCGGGAGGCGGUCCGGAGGCGGAGCCUCGGCCGCACCAAGUCCUGCGUGCCGCUCGGCGCCGCCUCUCGGCAGGCCGCCGCUCUCCGCCCAGGGAGCCGGGUCAGGCCGCGCCGCCCAUGGUGCUGCUCGAGAGAGCCAUGGCCACUUUCCGCUUGGCCCUCAUCCAACUUCAGGUUUCUUCCGUCAAAUCAGAUAACCUCACUCGAGCUUGUGGCCUCGUGCGGGAGGCAGCAACACAAGGAGCCAAAAUAGUUUCUCUGCCAGAAUGUUUUAAUUGUCCAUAUGGCACGAAAUAUUUUCCCCAAUAUGCUGAGAAAAUUCCUGGUGAAUCUACACAGAAGCUUUCUGAAGUAGCAAAGGAGUGCAGCAUAUAUCUCAUUGGAGGUUCUGUUCCUGAAGAGGAUGCUGGGAAAUUCUAUAACACCUGUGCUGUGUUUGGGCCUGAUGGGACUUUACUGAUAAAGUACAGAAAGCUCCAUCUGUUUGAUAUUGACGUUCCGGGGAAAAUUACAUUUCACGAAUCUGAAACGUUGAGUCCCGGUGAUAGUUUCUCCACAUUUGAUACUCCUUACUGCAGAGUGGGCCUGGGCAUUUGCUACGACAUCCGCUUCGCAGAGCUCGCACAAAUCUAUGCGCAGAGAGGCUGCCAGCUGUUGGUAUAUCCUGGAGCUUUUAAUUUGACCACUGGACCAGCCCACUGGGAGUUGCUUCAGCGAGGCCGGGCUGUUGAUAAUCAGGUGUAUGUGGCCACGGCAUCUCCUGCCCGGGAUGAUCAGGCCUCCUAUGUCGCCUGGGGACACAGCACUGUUGUGAGUCCUUGGGGAGAUGUCCUUGCCAAGGCUGGCACUGAAGAGACCAUCGUGUAUUCAGACAUAGACCUGAAGAGGUUGGCUGAAAUACGCCAGCAAAUCCCCAUUUUUAGCCAGAAGCGAUCAGACCUUUAUGCAGUGGAGGCGAAAAAGCCCUAAGACUUUUCCUUUGUUGGGAACUCUCUAUUGAGAUGAUGGAGCAUCAACACAUGAUAUUUUUCACACCAUAUUAGAUAGUUAAAAAGGGCUCAGACUAGCCUUGUGAGCAGAAGGAAAAGGAGAUGGCUAUAACUCCCAUACUAAGUUGCUUCAUAGCAGUUGGUGAAAGUAUCAGAUCUUGGUAUCCUGGUGGUUGCUUCACCUGAUACCGAUAGAUUUAUGUCACAUACUGCUUAUCUCACUGCUGGGGUUAGAAUCCAUUACGUAGAAGAUUUGGUCUGGUGCCACUCUCUUUUGAGUAGGACGUUGAAGUUUAUAUUUUUAGUCUGUGAGUAGCUAUGGAAAGCAAGGUUAUGGAUCCUUGGUGUUUGCUAGAGGAGAUGGCAGCCCCAUCCCUUCCCGGCAGCCUUGGGGCUCUUCAAAUUCAAGAAAGAGCCAAUGAAUCAACCCCAGACCCUCCUGGUCUUAGAGAAAAGGUAGUAUCAACAGGGAGUCCUGUGGAAGAAUGGCAGCAGUGGCAUUUGGUCAAGGCAACUAAAGUAUGAGUCUCUGUAAAAGAUUUUCUUGAUGGGGUGAGUGUCUGAAAAUAUCUUUGUCUUUUUGCUUUUCUCCCUAGUAACACUUUCUAGCUUGAUGAAGGCAAGCUAGUGGUUUUAAGAAUCCUUUUGCACAAUUAAAAAUUAAGGAUUCCAAUGAACUUUGUUUUUAUGUUACAGUUGGUGGUGGGCUAAUAAACAUUUAACAACCAGCUGUCCAAAAAAAAAAAAGGCCCUGAUUUUGCAGUAGUUGCAGUAGUAUUUGCCAAUUUCCUUGGUAUAAAUACUUUCACUGUGACCAAGUACAGACUAUCAACAUGAACCCUCUAAACACAGAGUUGGAAAUAGAUGCACAGUGGGCACUUGUGAGUUGGUGUAAUCCUGCUCUAGCACACCACUGUUUACAUAUGUAGAGAUAUUUAUCAUCCUGGAAAAUAAAACAAAACCUUAAAAUAAUACACAAGCACACAUUCUGUUAGCUAUAAGAGUGAUGAUAUCAUCAUGUGUCAUUUAACCCUUGGAAACCGGCAUUGUAUACCCAGAGGAGUACAGGAGUGAAAAAGGCAAAUGACGUUUUAAAAUUAAGUCUACAAUUUGGUAAAGUUUGACACAUGUAUACAUCCAUGAAAGCGCUCUCAUCAAGAUAAUGAACCCUCCCCUGGUGUUUUCUUAAGCUGUUAUGUAAUCCCUUCAGCCACUCUUCUCCUCCCCAGGCAAUCAUUGAUCAGCUUUGUCACUGUAGAUUAGUUUGAAUUUUCUAUAAUAACCCAAAAGUGGAAUCAUGCCAUAUGUAUACAUCUUCUUUCACUUAUCAUAAUUACUGGGGGACUCAUUCCUGUGUGUAUCACUCAUUUCUUUUUUAUUGCUGAAUGGUAGUCCACUGUAUUUAUCUGUUCACCUGUUGAUAGACAUUCAACUUUUUAGUUUUUGGCUAUUAGAAAUAAAGCUGCUAGAAAACA